AUGAACUUCACGGUGUCAGGACAGAGCUGUGUUAGAUGGGCGGAUGUAACAGGUCUCGCAUACCAGGUGAGCGGGUUCCCAGAGUAUGACCUUGAAGACUCGGGAAACAGUUGUCGAAAUCCGCAGAAUUUUAGGGCAAGACCCUGGUGCUACACGUCGCACACUAAAUCCUGGGACUUCUGUCCACUUGCUUAUUGUAAAGACAUAUGUACGCACGGAAAAUCUGGAGACCAGUACAUAGGCAGAAUUGGUAAAACCAAAUCAGGGCAAGAGUGUCAAGUCUGGAGUGAGGACAAUCCCCACAAGCAUGCGUUCAAGCUUCGUGCGUCGUUUGCUGAUAAGAAUACCAAGCAUCCGUACUGUCGUAAUCCUCUAGCGUCCCAGACCACACCCUGGUGCUUCACAACCAACACUUCACUGAGAUACGAGGCGUGCAACGUGCCAACUUGUCCUACCGAGUUUGAUGUAUUCUCGGCCCAGGCUUUUAACACCAGCAGUUUGAAGCCUUUUGAAAACCAAGAGCAGUGUUUUUACUGGCAGAACUAUAGGACAUUGAAGUCAAUGGACAAAGAAGACCCGACUGAUGUAUGCGGCUCUAGAUCCAGAGUGAUCACUCUCUGCAAUUACCUUGAUGAAAACAGUACAUACCACUGGAAAUACGUCAUCAUGGACUGCGUUGCGCCAACUACUACUCUACACACUACAACUACAACUACGACAGUGGCAUCAGCCACCCGACAAAGAUGCCCCAUCGAGACGUCCAAUGCGACGUGGAGCGAAUACCGGUUUCAGUGUUGGUGCGGACGUCAGUACACCGUGGAGGACCUGGAGUCUGAGAGUGAGGAGUCGAUGGAGAGGAUACGGAAUUACCUCACUGUCGACAAGACGAACCUCACGAGACACAGACGGCUCUUCUACAGCAUGCCCGACUACAGACACUCGUCUAUGGUGAUGGGCACGUCGUCCAUCAUCAUCAACUGCGUCGUCUUGACGUUCAUGACCUUGGCCGACCUCUCACGAUUUGUGGGCUGGAUCUAUCAGAGAGUUAGUAAGACCAAGGAUUAAAGUUGACACCUCACAUUUGUUGGGCUGGGUCUAUGAGAGUUCACAAGACCAAGGAUUAAAGUUGAUAUCUCACGUUUGUUGGGCUGGGUCUAUGGGGAAGUUAGUAAGACCAAGGAUUAAAGUUGAUAUCUCACGUUUGUUGGGCUGGGUCUAUGGGGAAGUUAGUAAGACCAAGGAUUAAAGUUGAUAUAUCAGGUUUGUUGGGCUGGGUGUAUGGGGAAGUUAGUGAGACCACGUAUUAAAGUUGAUAUCUUACAGUUGUUGGGCUGGGGAUGUUGGAAUUAAAUGUUGAUAUAUCACGUUUGUUGGACA